AUGAGUCAACUCAAAGACCAAAGCAUUGCCCAAAGGGGCUCUGCGUCGUUGGACACCAACAAAAGCGACGAUGAGGAACGUCUUCCUUCAUUCAAAUCCAUCAAAACGAAAAAGAAAAUCAGUUUGGGCGUCGAUGCUACCUACACGGACUGGGAUCCUCGUGAAGCGUUUCGCGAGUUCAUUCAAAACUGGCGUGAUGCGAUCCUCGAGUCAAACGGGCUUGCACCAAAGGACUUAUAUGUCCAACGUGAAGCCAUAGGCGAAGCAAAUGGCGAAGCGACACCCCCAAGUGGCGACACCGAGAUCGUUUACAAAGCAUUCCGUCGUGAUGUCAAGGACAGCGCAGAGUGUCUCGGAUUUGUGCGGUACAAGGGCUGCGACGGCCAGGGAACGAUUGAAAUCACGAACCUGAGGGCUGCACUGCAGACGAGAUCUUUCCACCUUGGGACGACAAGCAAGAAGCACCGUGAAGAUCAGGCGGGAGCUCACGGCGAGGGUUUAAAGGUUGCCGCCAUAAACCUCAUGCGUAAGGAUCGGAACUAUCACGUGUCUGGUCACACGGCCGGGUGUAAGCUAUUAUUCAAAUUCGACAAAGAUCGAUCUUUCCCUGUUCAGCAGGAAGAUUUCAAGUUCUGGAUCAAGGUCGCAUUGUUCUUCACUGAGGUUGAGGGCGGGGAUGCAAGCAUUGUAUCCACUGUUCACGGCGAUUUACUCAUCUCUGCGGACCAACGCGGCAAAUUGUACCUGAAGGGGCUUUUGCUCUCUGAGAGUACGCGUUCUCGUUCGGCGAGCGUUACUGGACGUCCACUUGGCUUUGGAUACAACUUCGCAUCCGGAAGAACCAACCGGGACAGGCGCUCGCUUGUUAAUAACGAGUCGGAGGCCAUUUGCAAGAUAUUGAUCGAGGCACUGGAAGUGAGGCCAGAUCAAGUAGGAAGGACCCCGGGCCUCCUACGGAUCAUCAAAGGCAUGGGAAAGCAGCCCUUCCACUUAAGUGACAAGUUGUGGGCCAUCUUGAACUACCGUCUUCUCGUCAAUACUGCCGAGAAAGAGGCCCAGCGGCGCUACAUGAAAGCCCCUAUAGUGCCAGUUCCAGAGACUACUUUUGCGACAUCAUUGAACCGUCUCCUUGAAGCUUGCAUACGCGCUUGCUCCCACAGUCAGAUUAUGGGAAUGGAACUCGAGUUCGUCGAUGCCGGCCUGAAUCACCUGAAUCUCUGUGUUUUUGAGAAAACUUCAAGUUUGGAGGAAACUUCAAGUUGGUUGGUGCGAAUACACAAGCGAUGGCUUUCCAUGGAUACCGCGGUCGCAAAGCUCGGCCUUAUUGGAAACGUGGUUGAGGCUCGUGCUGCUGUCUUUGCGGCAAAGAAAUUGUUUUCCGACUUGGUCAGGAAUGUUCCGAGUGAGAAAUUCCUACAGGAGGGCAGCUCGGAGCUACCGGAAGACCACAUGGAACAGCAAGUUCAACGGGCAGAUCAGCGAUUGGAAAACUAUCAGAUGAUGCACGUGGGCAUCGUUGACACGACGCACAAAGGCCAUCUUGGUCUUACAGUGGAGUGGACAGUCAACGAUGGACAACAAGAGGAUCUUCAAAAUAUCGAAAUCCAAUGUCACCGAGUCUCUCGCUGCUCCCGACUUCGAGAUAGACUCUUGACAGGUAAAGAUGGUAUUCUCACCCAUAUGAGUCGAGGAAGCGCCUGA